AUGGACAACAGAAGAAUUCCUAAACAUGGGAUUAGUAUGAUUCAAGUAAACCAAGCACGCGAAGCUUUCGCACAAACAGCUAGGGCUAGAGACCCGCGAAUUGCAUCGAAUCCACGACACCAAGCCACUGCAGCACCAAUAAGCAACGAUAUUAUCCCCCGUGUCCCACCUAGUCCGCCAAGACACAAAUGUAACAACCCCAAGAAUCCCUCCUGUCCGCAUUGCUCUGCGGUGAUCAUACCUGCUCCGAAAGCUACACUGCCAGCAGAGGAUACACCAUCGAUAAGCAUUGCAGAUUGGAAAGUUAGCACUCGGAAGAAGCCGAUCCUGAAUUCCAAAGAACUGGAAGAUUGGGAGGUGAUAUUAGGUGGACUCACUUUGCCGGAAAUGAUAUUUGGAAACAGUUUUGUUAGAAUCGAAAAUGAGAAAACUGGUUGGAGCUUAGAUUUCAAUGCACUGGAUGCCCUGAAGGCCGUCAAAAUGGAAGAUUCGGGUAUUCGUGUAUCAUACGCCAAUAAGUGGAUCAACUCCAAGAGGGAGCAGCAACGAACAUCGGAGCUCGACGAGAAUUCUCUUCAAAUUGGGCAGCACUAUGACUGGACGUACACAACUAAUUACAAGGGCACGGUCCGGAAUGGCAAUUGUGAUAAACACUUCAUUCAAGACGACUCUCUAGAACUACCUAUUGACAAAUUAACACGUCCUGACCCUAUAUUGUUCUAUGACGAUAUGAUUUUAUUUGAGGACGAACUAGCGGAUAAUGGGAUAAGUAUGAUAAAUGUGAAAGUUCGUGUUAUGAACGAAAGAGCAUUAGUACUCAGUCGAUUCUUUCUCAGAGUGGAUGGCGUACUGUUCAGAGUCUAUGACACUCGAGUUUAUGUGGAGUUCAAUGAAAGCAAAGUGUUGAGAGAAUAUAAGGAACACGAAACAGACUAUAAAACCGUUCUGGGUAGGCAAAACUCAGGCCCUAGCAAGGAUCCUAAAGCCAUCCUUCGUGAUAGUAACUGGGUGGUACAGCAGCUGCCACUACUAAGGCGAGAAUGCGAAACUAUACAGUUGUAA